AUGACCGAUCUUAAGUCAUCCUCUGCCCAUCUCGAGUUUGAGUGGGAGGAGCCCCGGUUCCUGCAAGCAGAUAAGGAAUUGAGUAUUACUGAUACUUUCAAGACGCAUUGGAGAGCAUUGUUGAUAUGUAGUCUCUCCUUCAGCGCGGGUACGAUGUUCGGCUACGACACGAUUGUUAACGGUGCUUCGAUUUCUAUGCCGGCGUUCAUGAUGUACUUCGGUGCUGAAGAUGCAUCCGGAUUAUACCUUCCAUCAUUGUGGACUGCAUUGUGGACAUCCAUGUCUUCCCUCGCCCAGGCACUCUCGGCUACCGGCACAGGCUUCCUGGCUGAUCGCAUUGGUCGCAAAUGGACCGGCAUCAUUGCAGGUGUCAUUGCCGUGGCAGGUGCAUCGGUACAAUAUACUGCUCACACACGGAGCUCGCUACUUGGAGGCAAGAUUGUUGGAGGACUUGGCAUUGGCAUGGCUAUGUCCACUGGCAUGACUUAUGCCUCGGAGGUCGUUCCUCCAACGCUUGUCCCUGCUGUUCAGCAAACAUUCGUUGUAUUUAUCCUUAUCAUGCAAGCUUUGGCGAUGGGUAUUAUCCGAAUUUUUGUCACCGACUUGACCGAGAAGGCAUUUCGUACGGUGUUCGCCAUUCAAUGGGGCGUGGCCGGCCUUGUCAUCGUUGCGUUUGCGAUCGCACCAGAGUCCCCUGUCUAUUGCAUUAUCAAUAAGAACGAAGAGGGUGCAAAGAAGAUGUUUCAAUGGCUCUACCGCGACGAUGCGGAUCGUGAGGAGCGCUACAAUCACUUGGUGAAGACCAUUGAGGAGGAAAACGCACAGCGCGAGGCAAACCAAUCAAGCUACAUCGAAUGUUUCCAGGGAGUUGACUUGAAGAGAACAAUCACCAUGAUGUUCCUCUUCGGUCUUGUCAAUUUAGGCGGUGGACCUUUCCUCACUCAGUCGAUCUACUUCCUCAUCUCCGUCGGUCUUCCCACAGUUCACGUCUUCGAUAUCUCUAUUGGCGGCUUCGGGCUUGCCAUCUUCCUCAUCAUCGGCGGUGGAAUUAUUCUCAAGAAGGUGCGGCGCAGAAACAUUUUGCUCUGGGGAUGCGUUAUCAACCUGCUCUUCAAUUUGAUCGUGGGUUGUCUGUAUUGGGCCAACGGAACCGGUCCCAAGUGGGCCAUUGCAAUCUUCAUGAAUGUCCUCAUCUCCUUGCAGGCUUGUCUCAUGCAAAGCCCCGGCUGGUCUAUUGCAGCUGAGAUCUCCAGUUACCGACUGCGCGCUAAGUCCAUGUCACUUGGAAUCAUGUCUCAGACAUUCACAACGUGGCUCAUCACAUUUGUGGUGCCGUACAUGUAUAACGUUGACUCUGGCAAUCUGGGUGCCCGGACUGGUUUAGUCUUUGCUGGUGCCACAGUGUUGCUUAUCUGGGGCGUAUGGUCCUUGGUUCCAGAUACUACUGGACUGUCAACUGAAGAUAUUGACAACCUUUAUGAAGCAAAGGUGCCUGCCAGAAAGUUUGCAACUCAUAAGCUGGCUAUAACAGGUCCGGAUGAAGCUUGA